AAAGGUGGCUAAACCCUUUGAAAAAGAUGAUUGAGCGAAUUAGUGAGAAGUUCAGUAGCUUCUUUAGUUCUAUGCAGUGUGCUGGUGAAGUUGAUCUUCAUGUGGAAAAUGAGGAGGAAUACGACAAGUACGGGAUUCGCAUUAGAGUCAAGUUCCACAGUAGGACUGAACUUCAUGAAUUGACUCCAUAUCAUCAGAGUGGAGGUGAGAAGAGUGUUUCCACUAUGCUGUACCUGAUGGCUCUACAGGAACUCAACAGAUGUCCUUUCAGGGUUGUAGAUGAAAUAAAUCAGGGAAUGGAUCCAAUGAAUGAGAGAAGAGUUUUUGAAAUGGUUGUCAAAACUGCUUGUAAAGAAAGCACGUCUCAGUACUUCUUUAUUACACCAAAGCUUCUUCAGAAUCUCACUUACAAUGACAAGAUGACGGUGCUGUUUGUCUACAAUGGACCUCUUAUGUUGGAGGAAAGCAAAUGGAACUUAAAGUCUUUCUGUAGGCGGCGGCGGCGACUUGGAAGGAUGGAUGAACAGUGAUACAUACAUACAUACAUACAUACAUACAUAGAUAUAUAUAUGUAUAUGUAUAUAAAAAUGUAUCACAU